AUGGCGAAGCAAGAUGAGUCGAGUGCGCAUCGCAUGACACGCGUGGCUGAUCAGCUGGCUGACCUACCACGGCAUGCAGCGUCGUACAAGCAGGGUGUAGAGUCUAUGCCUCUGCUCUCCCCUCAUAUCCCCGAAUAUUGUCACGAGUUUUCGUUGUCGGCUACUUCCCGGGAGGAGGAAGAGCUCAACCGAGGGGGCACGCUGCUGCUGAGUGAGACGUCGAGCAUGGCGAAAACCCUAGGAUUCUUGGACCAUCGAGGCCUCGUUGCUGGACGCCUUCCGGACUUAAUGCCAACGCUGGCGUUUCUCCCUGGUAGACGUGCAGCUGACGGCGAACCAGUCGGAAUGUCUCGGCCGCUGACGGCGUCCAUGGGGUACCCAACUCCCAUCAGCCCGCCCCCGAAGUACUCGCAGGCGACGAGCGACACGGACUCGCCACAAACGGCGGAGACGCUUGAGCCCAUGCGGCGAGACGGAGACUGGAGUUAUGUGGAGGCGCAGACGAGGGAAGCGGGGAGCCAGACGACGAUCUUGCCUGACGAGUCGUGGGAGGAGUGUCAGUGCUCGCUGCUUCUCGUCAUCGUGCUCACCGGGGUCACCGCCAUGAUUUCCUGGAGGGCAUGCUCCCUGCUUUCUGCAUCAUAG